AUGUGUGCGGAGGGUGGGGGUGGAUGUGAGAGCGGAGAGGCAGAGAGAGAUCAGAUGUAGCAGCCGGAGUGGGACUGCGAGAGAGACAGAGGGAGGGAGGGAGAGAGAGAAGCCGGACCCGUCUCCCUGGCAGCCUCUCCCCUCCACCGUCCGGAUGUCAGAUGAAAGGGAAAGCGGCUGAGCAGCACAAAGGCAGCGAGGGACGGGGCCGGCCGGAGGAUGGGCAGCCGCAGCUGGGGCAGCGUGGGCAGCCUGGUGCUGAGUGUCAGCGCCCUGCUGCUGCUCACCACGGCCAUCUUCACCGACCACUGGUACGGGACGGACACCCGCCGGCACCGGCAGAGCUGCGGCGGCCCGGGGCAGCGGCGGCUGAUGCCCAUGUCGAGCCUGCCGCUGCGGGAAGCCCCCGAGUCCCUGCCCCCGGCAGCCCCGGGCUCGCCCACCGCCUGGCGCUCCGUGCUGGGGCUGGGAGUCCUGGAGUCGGACUGUGCACGCCCGCUCUUCGCCACCCACACCGGGCUGUGGAGGAAAUGUUACUACCUGGGCGUUGACCCCGACAUCGAUCACCUCGUAUCAAGAGGAAUUGCACAGAGAUGCACAUCUGUCAAGUAUCACUACUCUCAACCCAUCCGUCUGAGAAAUAUUCCUUUCAACCUUACCAAAACCAUCCAGCAGGAUGAAUGGCAUCUGCUGCAUCUGAGGAGGAUCACAGCUGGAUUCCUGGGCAUGGCAGCCGCUGUCCUGCUGUGCGGUUGCAUCGUGGCAUCCAUGAGCUUCUUCUGGGAAGAAAGCCUCACUCAGCACGUGGCAGGUCUCCUCUUCCUAAUGGCAGGAAUCUUUUGCACAAUUUCUCUUUGCACCUUUGCAGCCAGCAUUUCCUAUGACCUGUCGCGCCAGCCAAAAUUUAUCUAUGGGCUUCCGAGCGAUGUUGAGCAUGGGUACAGUUGGUCAAUUUUCUGCGCCUGGUGCAGCCUGGGGUUAGUGAUGAUGGCAGGCUGUUUGUGCACUGCCUUUCCCUUCCUUAAUAGAACCAAGACAAUCCAUCAAAAGUCCAUCAGAGAUUCUUCUGUCUGAGAACUGCCUGACAAACUGCUGUUAUCAUCAGCACAAUCUAUGCUUCUCCAAUCUGGUUUUGUGUUGGAGGUGUGACAUAUGAAUAUAGUUCUUGUGUUCCUGAUUCUUUGUAGGUUAUGCCAAGAAUUAUUUCUUGUAAUAGAUCUAUGCUCGUGUCUUUAAAACACAAAGUGGUUAGUUGAAAGAAGUGCACAUUCAAUGUGAAGCUAUCAAAUGCAAAAAGGACUUUUAAGCAGGUACUAACUCUAUUCUAUGAAACAAACAAUACUUUAUGUUAGAUCAUCAUCACCUCCAGCAUUGUGUUACAGGGGCUAAAUACUGCAGAUGCUGGAAAUCUGAAUUAAAAAGUAAAAAUGUUGGAAAUACUCAACGUCAGGAGCAGGAAACUGAGUUUAAGCUUCUGGUGUGUGACUGAGAGGUCAUUGUCCUGAAAUGUUAAUUCCAUGUCUCCCUCCAUAGAUUCUGCCUGACCCCCCCUUGAGUAUUUCCACCAUUUCCUGUUUUUGUACCAGUAUUCUGUUGCUGUAUUACAGAUUCAAAAAAAAACAAGCAGAAAUAAUACAUGGACCUAUGCUAAAAUAUCAACUGAAUUUUACAUUUUAGAUACAUUUUAAGUAUCCAAAGGAGAAAAUUCCCUCAAUUUUACAUAAAUAACACAAAAGCAUAAUGGAAUUGUCCUUUGCUGAAAUAAUUAAAUAGUCAAUAGAAAAUUCACAGCCCAUUUUUGAUCCCAAUUAUAUAUUUUUUCCACUUGAAAAAAAACUCAGGCUGUGCUUAAAAUGUACUAUGGAUUUUUAUCUCCAUUUUAGCAUUGUUUCCACCUAAAACUAAUAUCACCAAUUAAUUUUAAAUUGUCAGGUCUAGGGUCAAUUUGCACUUUUACAUUCCAAAUACUGCCUCUCAUAGAACUGUGUGAUUCUGUUAUUAAACAGUGUAUUUGAAUAAGGUCCAUCUGCAAUUAUUUGAUGGUGGUGUGCUGUCAUUUAAAAGAAAACUUGUGUGUAAAAAUGAGUAAUAGUGUGUUGUCAUUUGCCUUGUGUUAAAUAACGUGAAUGAAAAUAUGUGGUUAUAAUGUUUCCAUCAAUGUGAAUCCGGGUAUAGAUUCUUCGUGCUCUUUGUUUCUAAACAUAUUAUUUUGUGUGAUGAGAUUGAAAGCUCUGUGAUCUGAAUAUUGCCUCCGACUGACAGGACCCCAGUCUAGGGAAUGCGGCACUUUGUCUAAUGAGGCCUGUGAUUAGAUCACACAAAAUUGGUUUGCUGCCUUCUUUUGUUUAUUACUGGCAAGCUGCAGUCCCAGAGGCAGCUCAAGGCCACAGGAAGAAGAAAGGUGACAGUGCUGAGAAGUGGGAGAAGAAAUUGGCAGGACUGGGAGUGUGAAGAUUAAUGUGGAAGUGGGAGGGACACUCCUGCUCUUCCUGGCUCCACAGCAAAAGUCAAAAAAAUAAAGCCUCACUUUUCAGGAAGCGGCUCUGGCCGAAGGAUACCGACUGUAGUCAACGUGGCCAACAAGGCGGUCAUUUGCUCAAGAGUUUUAUAAAGUGGUGUUAAAGGUGGCAUCCGUGUAUCUCUCCGUGACUUGAAGUAGACAUGCAGCCCUCAUCAACAUCUGCCAAGAACCAAAGGGUGUAAUGUGUAUUGUGGGGUCAUAGAGAGAUACAUCAUGGAAACAGGCCCUUCGGCCCACCGAGUCCAUACUGACCGUCAACCAUCCAGUUACACUAAUCCCAUUUUAUUCUUCCCACAUUCUCAUCAACUCCCCCCUCCCCCAGACUCUACCACUCACCCACACACAAGGGGACAAUUUAGAGCGGCCAGUUAACCUACCAACCCAGAUGUCUUUGAGAUGUGGAAGGAAACCAGAGCACCUGGAGGAAACCCACUUGGUCACUGGGAGAAAGUGCAAACUCCUCACAGACAGCGCCCGAGGUCAGGAUUGAACCUGGGUCGCUGACAGUGUGAGACAGCAGGUCUACCAGUGGUGCCACUGCUCCCUGUGUGUUUCACGUGACUGCCCUGGAAGCCAAUGCCCUCAUCUGGUUCACUCCAGUCUUUACAGAGGAGAUCUGCCAUUCCUGGUCUUUAUGUGACUCCAGACCCCCUGCUCUGUGCUGACUCUUAACUCCAAAACCACCAUGUUGCCUCCCAGCAAGCAGGUCAAGGGCAAUGAGGGACAAACAAGAAACACUAGUCUUCCACAGCAACCCCCACAUCCUGUGAGUGAACAAACAGAAACACCUUCACCAUGAAGACGUAACGUGCAUGCCAUCCUCUCACUUAGGUGCCCAUUUUGACCCAGCAUUAAUGACUUUUCCAGUUUAAUAUAUUUCGAACAAGAUACCUGCCAGAUAGGCAUUGUUUUUAGAUAGUGUGAUGGUUAAUGUGUUUAGGUACUAUUUGAAACAAGUAGGUACUAUUUGAAACAAUAUAUCUGUGUGUGGAGUAUCUGUUCUUAGAUGUUGUGCAAACUUCUGUUCGAUACAAUCUUUUUAAUGGGUGUUUGCUGUUCAGAGUAAUAUUUCUUUUCAAAAGUCAAGUAAAGAUACCUGGUAACAAAAACCUUUCUUCCAAUAAAAAUA